AUGGUCAAUACCCGCUUCGUUCUCCAAGGGGGGAAGGCCCACGAUGUGGACUCAAGUGACCUAGCCUUCCGCCUGGCUGCUGCGGGGGCCCUGCGGACAUUUGCAGCGGAGAGUCUGCCCGUGGUGUUAGAGCCCUUAAUGGUAGUGGAGGUGCGGGUGCCUAGGGAGAUGCAGUCAGCAGCUCUUAUGUUGCUUAACCGACGCGAGGGGAACGUCUCCAGUUGUACGCUAGAAGGAGAGAGUGUCUGUGUCUCUGCGCGCGUCCCUCUGCGGUGCAUGUUUGGCUUCAUCUCCGACCUUAGGGCGCAGACACAGGGCCAAGGGGAAUUCUCUAUGACAUUUGAGGCCUACCAGCAAAUGCAACACGCGCAGCAGCAAGCCCUGCUGCAGCAACAGCAACAGCAGCAGCGGCAGCAGAAAUAG